AUGCAUUUUCUUAAACUUCAAGUCCAACAUGGCGGUGAUAUAUAUGAAAUGAUUUUAUCAACGAAUUCCAAUGAUCCAUCUGUUGAAGAACUUCAACAACUUAUAGAAAAACAAUUAAAUAUUCCAAUAGAUGCUCAACGUGUUAUGUUCAAAGGACAAAAUUUACAUGAAAAACGACAAGGAAAAUUACGACGAUAUGGUAUAACUAAUGCAAGUCUGAUUCGUGUUGUUGGUUGUAAACAACCAUUACGAAAUUAA